AAAUGUUGUAAAAUGGGGGGUUUUUAAAGGGGAGCAUCGCCUUUCGUGGGACCGGCUUAGCCAGAGGGUAAACGGAGCCCUCCGGGGAUUGGAACCGUCGAUUUUACCCACUUUUUGGGGGGCCUUUUGGGCCGCCGGAUCCCUGUUGGUUGCAUAUAUUCGAAACCGUUCGAAAACGACACCACCUGGAGCCUUUUCUCCGUGCGUGAACGGGCCCGGGUCCCAGGAGACGAACCGAAAUAGUUUCCCGAAGGAAUCCGGUGUGAAUAACGGGCGAAAGCAGACAACCCCUUUCCAAGAUGGAGGACGGGAAGCCCGUUUGGGCUCCACAUCCAACUGAUGGAUUUCAGAUGGGAAACAUCGUGGAUAUUGGUCCGGACAACUUAACGAUCGAAUCGCUCAACCAAAAGGGCAAGACUUUUCUAGCUCUUAUAAACCAAGUGUUUCCUGCAGAAGAGGACAGCGGGAAGGAUGUGGAAGAUAACUGCUCACUGAUGUACUUAAACGAAGCCACACUCCUCCACAACAUCAAAGUGCGAUAUGGUAAAGACAGAAUUUAUACCUACGUAGCAAACAUCUUGAUUGCCGUGAACCCAUACUUUGACAUUCCUAAAAUAUAUUCUUCAGAAACCAUUAAGAAGUACCAAGGAAAAUCUCUUGGGACACUACCACCUCACGUCUUCGCACUUGCCGAUAAAGCUUUUCGUGACAUGAAGGUCCUAAAGAUGAGUCAGUCCAUCAUUGUAUCUGGAGAGUCGGGGGCUGGCAAAACAGAAAACACAAAAUUUGUUUUGAGAUACCUGACUGAAUCUUAUGGUACCGGUCAAGAUAUCGAUGACAGAAUUGUCGAAGCCAACCCACUACUGGAAGCCUUUGGGAAUGCAAAGACGGUCCGUAACAACAAUAGCAGUCGUUUUGGAAAGUUUGUUGAAAUUCAUUUCAACGAAAAGAAUUCCGUCGUUGGGGGAUUUGUAUCACACUACCUUUUGGAGAAAUCCAGGAUCUGCGUCCAGGGCAAAGAGGAAAGGAACUACCAUAUAUUCUACAGACUGUGUGCAGGAGCUUCUGAAGAUAUUAGAGAAAAGCUGCACUUGAGUUCUCCAGAUAAUUUCCGGUAUUUAAAUCGAGGCUGCACGAGAUUCUUUGCCAGCAAAGAAACCGACAAACAGAUUUUACAGAAUCGCAAAAGUCCUGAGGAAAAUGAGCAUCUUAAAUUAGGCUCAAUGAAAGAUCCUCUCUUAGAUGACCAUGGAGAUUUCAACAGGAUGUGUACCGCUAUGAAAAAGAUUGGUUUGGAUGAUGCAGAAAAACUCGAUCUUUUCCGUGUAGUAGCUGGCGUCCUGCACCUUGGAAAUAUUGAUUUUGAAGAAGCCGGCAGCACAUCAGGCGGCUGUGCUCUGAAGAAUCAAUGCAGCCAGUCCCUGGAAAAUUGCGCUGAUCUGCUGGGUUUGGAUCGAGAUGAUCUUCGCGUGAGUUUAACUUCCAGAGUUAUGCUUACCACAGCAGGGGGCACCAAAGGAACAGUCAUCAAGGUGCCUCUGAAAGUGGAACAAGCGAACAGUGCCCGGGAUGCAUUGGCAAAAACUGUUUAUAGCCACCUUUUUGAUCACGUGGUAAACAGAGUAAACCAGUGCUUUCCUUUUGAGACGUCAUCCUGUUUUAUUGGAGUCCUAGACAUUGCUGGAUUUGAGUACUUUGAACACAACAGCUUUGAACAGUUCUGCAUCAACUAUUGCAAUGAAAAGCUGCAGCAAUUCUUCAAUGAAAGGAUUCUGAAGGAGGAGCAAGAACUCUAUCAGAAAGAAGGUCUGGGAGUCAAUGAAGUACACUAUGUGGAUAAUCAGGACUGUAUAGAUUUAAUCGAAGCCAAAUUGGUGGGCAUCCUGGAUAUCCUCGAUGAAGAAAAUCGGCUUCCGCAGCCAAGCGACCAGCACUUCACGGCAGCGGUUCACCAGAAACACAAGGACCACUUCCGCCUCACUAUCCCGAGGAAAUCUAAACUGACCGUUCACAGAAACAUCCGAGAUGACGAAGGUUUUAUCAUCAGACAUUUUGCGGGAGCCGUAUGCUAUGAAACAACCCAGUUUGUGGAGAAAAACAAUGAUGCUUUGCACAUGUCUCUUGAAUCACUGAUAUGCGAAUCCAAGGAUAAGUUUAUCCGAGAACUAUUUGAAUCAUCCACUAAUAACAUCAAAGACACCAAACAAAAAGCGGGAAAGCUUAGCUUCAUCAGUGUGGGGAACAAGUUCAAGACACAGUUAAAUCUGCUCCUUGAAAAGCUUCGCAGUACGGGAUCUAGCUUUAUUCGUUGCAUCAAGCCCAAUUUAAAGAUGACAAGUCACCAUUUUGAAGGGGGACAGAUUCUUUCUCAACUUCAGUGUUCAGGUAUGGUGUCCGUUUUGGACCUGAUGCAAGGUGGUUUUCCUUCCAGAGCCGCAUUUCAUGAGCUCUACAAUAUGUAUAAAAAAUAUCUGCCAGAAAAACUUGCGCGAUUGGAUCCGAGACUCUUUUGCAAGGCUCUUUUUAAAGCGUUGGGCUUAAAUGAAAAUGACUACAAAUUUGGAUUAACCAAAGUAUUUUUCAGACCAGGCAAGUUUGCAGAAUUUGACCAGAUCAUGAAGUCGGAUCCUGAUCAUUUAGCGAAGCUGGUUAAAAGAGUCAAUCACUGGCUCAUCUGCAGUCGUUGGAAAAAAGUUCAGUGGUGUUCCCUCUCUGUGAUAAAGCUGAAAAAUAAAAUAAAAUACCGAGCCAAUGCGUGCAUUAAAGUGCAAAAGACUGUUCGAAUGUGGCUCUGCAAAAGAAAACACCGACCACGAAUCGAUGGGUUGGUUAAAGUGCGUACUCUGAAACACCACCUCGACAAACUUAAUGAAGUUGUAAGCGCUCUGAAGGAUGGAAAACCCGAGAUGAGCCAACAGGUCAAGGAUCUGGAGAUCUCUAUUGAUGCUUUGAUGGCCAAGAUUAAGGUUACAGUAAUGACUAGGGAACAGAUACAGAGUGAGUACGAUGCACUAGUUAAAAGCUCGGAACAGCUCCUUAGUUCUCUGCAGAAAAAAAAACAGCAGGAAGAAGAAGCAGAAAGACUUCGGCGGAUCCAGGAGGAAAUGGAAAAAGAGAGAAAAAGGCGAGAAGAAGAUGAGCAGCGCCGAAGAAAGGAAGAGGAGGAGAGAAGGCAGAAGUCUGAGAUAGAGGCCAAGAGAAAACAGGAGGAAGAGGAGAGAAAGAAAAGGGAAGAUGACGAAAAACGAAUGCAGGCCGAAGUGGAGGAACAACUGGCUAAACAGCGAGAAGAGGAGAACCAGCAGCAGGCUGUUAGAGAACAGGAGCGGCGGGAUUGUGAGCUGGCCAUGAGAAUCGCCCAGAGCGAGGCCGAGCUCAUCAGAGAAGAAGCUCAGCUGGAUGCAGGGCUACGCAGAUCGGAUUCUGAGCCAGUAACUACUACACUUGGUGGUUCGAGGCCUAAAAUUACAGUGGAUCAGUUGGCCCAAGAAAUGUCAGAAAUUUUGGCUAGAGGUCCUGCAGUCCAAGCUACCAAAGCAGCUGCUGGAACAAAAAAAUACGACCUUAGUAAGUGGAAAUACGCGGAGCUUCGUGAUACCAUCAACACUUCCUGUGAUAUUGAGCUUCUGGCCGCUUGCAGAGAAGAGUUCCAUAGAAGAUUAAAGGUCUACCAUACCUGGAAAUCCAAGAACAAGAAACGCAACACAGAAACAGAGCAGCGUGCUCCAAAAUCCGUCACAGACUAUGAUUUUGCACCAUUUCUGAACAACCAGCCAGCUCGCCAGAACUCGACUCAUCACCCUGCCAGGCAACAAGAGAUCGAGAUGAACCGGCAGCAGCGCUACUUCCGCAUCCCGUUUAUCCGUCCCGCUGACCAAUACAAGGACCCCCAGAACAAGAAGAAAGGCUGGUGGUAUGCACAUUUCGAUGGUCCGUGGAUCGCCCGGCAGAUGGAACUCCAUCCCGACAAGCAGCCGAUCCUCCUCGUAGCUGGGAAAGAUGACAUGGAAAUGUGUGAGCUAAAUCUGGAAGAGACUGGUCUCACCAGAAAGCGUGGAGCUGAGAUUUUGCCCCGGCAGUUCGAAGAGAUUUGGGAGCGUUGCGGAGGAAUCCAGUACCUUCAAAACGCAAUUGAGAGCAGACAGGCUCGACCUACUUAUGCGACGGCCAUGCUGCAGAACCUCUUAAAGUAAAUACCGCCCUCCCGUUUGAGAUCUAGGAAUCCCUUACCGGGGUAGAAGGGGAAGACUUGUCCCAGGCCCGAGAGGAUUGACGCGUUCAGUCUUCAAGCUCGAGAUAUUUAAUAUAAAGAAAACAGAUUUUAUUAGUCAUUGCUGGGGGGCGGGAGGGGGCGUUAAUUUGUACCUUUUGAUGGUUUCUUUAUACGCGCACUCUAAAUCUUGGACUGGGGUAAGCUUCUGUCUAGAAAGGAUCACAUUUCCAUCUCAUAAAGAUGCUGCUUUUUUUUAGUUGCCCUGUAGAAUUUAAGCACUCCAUAUUCUUUGCCAGGUUCUGGACUUUUUCCCUCCUUCGAUCAGUUGAUUAUUGAGUUAUUUAUUAAGUGCUUAGAGUGGGCAGAGCACUGAACUAAUCUUGGCACUGCACCCUCCCACUUACACUUAAAAACCUCCAUCUACCUAGCAUCUGAAGCACUUGUCUUUACACGAAUGUGGUCUCAGCUUUCAUUUCUUUCCAGAAAAGUCCACGCAUCUUCUCUUCGGACACCAGGCAGGGAUAUCUCAGUCCUUAUGCUGUUUUUAGAAAAUGACCCCAGAGGUAGAAACUUGGAUCACCUCUCUCUGCUUUGGGGUUUGAAGAAAUUUCAGUGCAUUUUGAGGCCACGAAUGAACCGGUGGGUUAAAGGAGGGACUCAAAUUAAGUUCUGGCCCACAGAGUUCUCGAUUCUGUCUUCCUCUGGCUAGAUGUUCCGUGAAGGAUCCCAGUUUUAUUUUUCCUCAAGCAACACAUUGACUUGAAUACUAUGGGUUUUUUUUUCCAAAAAAAAUUCCUAGUUAAUUUUAGUUCUUGUAGGAUUAAGGAGAAGAAAGGGAAAUUUGUUUUAGGGAGCCCUGUGGAUUUGAAAUGUUUGAUUCCGAAUUUUACUUAUUCCUUCCUUUCACCAUUGUUGCAGGUGAUUAAAAUGAUUUCCACAUCCAGAUCCUAUCUGAAAUAUUUACUCCAGUUCCCUAACUCUAAUGGUCUAAUUUAAAUGGUGUAAUUUGAUUAGCAUUCCAUAAAAUAAACUGUUUAAUCAAGUACUAUGAUCUUUUUGGCCUAACACUUCUCCUUUGAGACUUUUUGUAACUAUUUUUUUUUUUAGACUUUGAAUUAAAAUCCCAUCAGCACAAAAAUUAUUCAUGUCACCUAAGACAAAUGACCUUUUUUUACAUUUUCAGAGUGUGCUCUUCAUGUUGAUCAUCAAAAGUUUAAAACUUGGUAUUUAUGAUUUCAGUGCUAGGAUUUUGCAAAGCAAAAAGACAUAGUUCUGAGUUGUGAUGUAAUGAAUUUUAAAACGUCUUUGGCUGUAGUGCAGAAUCAAGUCUUUUGCAACUAAAAUAAUACUUCUGAUCCUAUGACAACUUUAGCUCUCUCCCAAUGAACUUUUGAGAGGAUUCUACAUUUAGUAAAAUAUUUAUCAACCGAUUAGGUUUUGGGCUCUCUGCUCUCUUCUUAGAAUCACUCAUCUUGUGACACUGUAGUAAAGAGGUAUUUAUUUAUGAUUACUCUACAUUCGUAAAAAAUAAUUAUGAUUACACUACAUUCAUAACAGGAAAUGAACAUUUCUGAACUAGCGGUAGUCACCGAAUGAUUUUCUUUUAAGCAUAGAUUGAACUUAUUCUGAAAACAUUUGGCUCUUUGAGUUCAGAAAUUCCCCUCUUUUUCUUACCACACUUUCCUUUGAAGCCGCAUCCAUUCUCCUUAGCGGCAUGUAAAUGGGAAUAGAGCUGCAUGGAAUGGAAAGAGACAUGGAAGAACGCGACGACCCUAAGACUCGAUUUUAAAUGAUUAGUACAAUAGACUUAGAUGAGCUCUCUUAGCAUUAUGUUUGUGGAAUCUGUUCGUGGUAUUCUGCUUAGAUGUUAUUCUGGAAAUCUCUUCAAAAUCUUUAAGGAUUUUGAUUUCCAGGGGGGCAUUGUAGCAGAGUGUCUCCAUUAUUAUAUUUUUUGCUGUGCUUAUGGUUUAAAUAUCCACAAUCUAGAGUCUUAGUCUUAUUAAUUCCAGUUUUAUGAAGCAGCAACCCUAGAAUUGAUCUCUCUGAAUAGCAGCUCUUGAAUUCAUUUUUGCCACCAGGAGAACUGAUCUGAUUCCCCGUUGAUGUUCGACAGCUGCCCUUCCCAAGUGUCUCCCUGCUAGCAGGGAACUAUUCCUGACCUGGAAGCCAUAACUAUCAGGAUAAAGACUUCCAAGAGCCGCAAAAUGGUGCUUUACAAAGUGCCCUUUGUAGCGAGCUGCUUGGGUCACUCUGGGUCUCUUUCAAAGCCGGUUCCAUCAUAAGUCAAGAGGAAUAAGCACCUCUGGAAGGAUUUAUCCCCAUGUUUUAUGAAUUGUUUUCACCGAGACCAUUUCGGUGAAAGGUAUCUUUUUGUACUGUCUGUCUUUCAAGGGUUUUGCCUGGCUGAAUCCAGUCCCUGCUUGGCUAGACUCUCCUCACAUCAGUGUGGAAGUGGGUUGUCGGCAAUAAGCUGCAUUUAAAAGGGAAAGGGCAAGGUAUUUCAAAGUUAUCCCGUCUACUUUUCUGUAUACUUUAGCUAAUUUUUCUUCUGAUGAAUCCAUGAUUCCUGGACUUCUAAGGGACUGGUGGAAAGACAAUAUUCUUCCUUGCAGAAUAUUCUUUCCAGUAAUUGUUUAAAAAAAAAAAAAAAGGAAUACUUUUAAGGAACCAAGAAACAGAGCUUUUUUAAAGUCGAGAAUUUGCACAUCUGGGAGAACUGUAGUGAAGAUGAGAAAGUCGCACAAAGGAAGAGUGUAGCGAUAAUUUACUUGGUUAUACAGAGCUUCUUGAAUGACUAGAUUACCGCGUCUCUUCCUGUUGAGGCUCCCUCUGUGGCACGCUCCUUCCAGAAAGGGAAGGAAUAUUUACGUUAUAUCUGGAAUCUCAGUGCUGAAAUAACUACAGUUUUUCUCUAACACUAAUCUCUUUUCUGGUCCCUUGAAUAGCUCAGUGCUUUAGGAUUCCUAGGAAUAGGUGCUCCCCUGUCAAUUAAAUAUUAUAUUUUUUUUGGACGGCAGCAUGAGAAUCCAUAGUGGGACCAAGUGGGAGGAAUGCUACGAUGAGUGGAGCAGACGUUGCUUAUUUAGAGAGUUUGCGUACUCUAUGUAUAAUUCCCACACAGGCAUUGUCGUCCCAUCUUUCAGAAGCAUUUUCCUCCUCUGAAUUAGAAGUUCUUUUGGGUGUCUGGCUGUUGUUUUUUUAUUAAGACCUCAAGUCCAAUAAUAUGAGAAAUUUACGCCUAUACUGGUGGAUUGAAGCCCGCUGAUGUCGCUCAAGAAUGUGAAUCUAUGCAGAGGUCAUCUUCCAAAACCGAUAACGGGUCAUUUACUGAUUUGCCUUUUUUCGUGGGUGAAAAUCUCUUUAUAGAGCUGCUAAUUGUAUUCUCUUUUCUUCAAAGUGUGUAUCCAGAAUUUUUCCCCCAAAUUAUUUUACUGAUGUACUGAAAGCUGCAAAUAAUAAAUUCAUUCCUUGGUGACUA